GCCCAAGCUGCCGCGCUGGCAUUUUCUCCUGGACAAGGGGAGAGUGCGGCUGCUGAGAACCCAGCACAGCAAUCCUGAUCCUCUGAGUCGUGACGAAGGGAGACAGCGAGGGGGUUGGGGUUGGGGCCUGAGGCAAGGCUCCGCUCUUGCCAGAGGGACAGGAGCCAUGGCUCAGAAAACGGACGGUGGUGCGGGCCGCCUCGGCUACCAGGCCGAGGCCUCUGUAGAAGACAGUGCGUUGCUUAUGCAGACCUUGAUGGAGGCGAUCCAGAUCUCCGACGCCCCACCUACUAACCAGGCCAUGGCAGCUGCCAGUGGGCCAAAUGCUAGUCCCGAGAGUUCACAGCCCCCAACUGCCAAUGAGAUGGCUGACAUUCAGGUGUCAGCAGCUGCUGCCAGGCCCAAGACAGCCUUUAAAACUCAGAAUGCCACCACAAAAGGCCCAAAUGGUGCCUAUGAUUUCCCUCAGACUCAUAAUGCCAAGGAGAUGCCCAACACCCAGCCCAAGGCAGCCUUUAAGUCCCACAAUGCCACCUCAAAGGGCCCAAAUGCUGCCUAUGAUUUUUCCCAGACUGCAACCACUGGUGAGUUAGCUGCUAACAAGUCUGAGGUGGCCUUUAAGGCCCAGAAUACCACCACUAAGGUGGGCCCAAAUGGCACCUACGGUUUCUCUCAGUCUCUAAAUGCCAAUGAGAUGGCUAACAGCCGGCCUAAGACAGCCUUCAAGGCUUGGAAUGAUACCACCAAGGCCCCAACAGCUAAUACCCAGAACCAGAAUGUAAAUCAGGCCAAAACGGCCACUUCCCAGGCUGACAUAGAGACCGACCCAGGUAUCUCUGAAACUGACGGUGCAGCCGCACAGACAUCAGCAGAUGGUUCCCAGGCUCAGAAUCUGGAGUCCCGGACUAUAAUUCGGGGCAAGAGGACCCGCAAGAUUAAUAACUUGAAUGUGGAAGAGAGUAGCAGUGGGGAUCAGAGGCGGGCCCCAAUGACUGCAGGGACCUGGAGGUCUGCACCUGUUCCAGUGACCACUCAGAACCCACCUGGCGCACCCCCCAAUGUGCUCUGGCAGACCCCACUGGCUUGGCAGAACCCCUCAGGCUGGCAAAAUCAGACAGCCAGGCAGACCCCACCAGCACGCCAGAGCCCCCCAGCUAGGCAGACCCCACCAGCCUGGCAAAACCCAGUUGCUUGGCAGAACCCAGUGAUCUGGCCAAACCCAAUAAUCUGGCAGAACCCGGUGAUCUGGCCGAAUCCCAUUGUCUGGCCUGGCCCAGUUGUCUGGCCGAACCCACUGGCUUGGCAGAGUCCACCUGGAUGGCAGACCCCACCUGGAUGGCAGACCCCGCCAGGCUGGCAGGGCCCUCCAGACUGGCAAGGCCCUCCUGACUGGCCAAUACCACCUGACUGGCCAUUGCCACCCGACUGGCCACUUCCCACUGACUGGCCGCUUCCACCUGACUGGAUUCCCGCUGAGUGGCCAAUUCCACCUGACUGGCAGAACCUGCGACCCUCGCCUAACCUGCGCCCCUCCCCCAACUCGCGUGCCUCACAGAACCCGGGUGCUGCACAGCCCCGAGACGUGGCCCUUCUUCAGGAACGAGCAAAUAAGUUGGUCAAGUACCUGAUGCUUAAAGACUACACAAAGGUGCCCAUCAAGCGCUCAGAAAUGCUGAGAGAUAUCAUCCGUGAAUACACUGAUGUUUAUCCAGAAAUCAUUGAACGUGCAUGCUUUGUCCUAGAGAAGAAAUUUGGGAUUCAACUGAAAGAAAUUGACAAGGAAGAACACCUAUAUAUUCUCAUCAGUACCCCUGAAUCCUUGGCUGGCAUACUGGGAACGACCAAAGACACACCCAAGCUGGGUCUCCUCUUGGUGAUUCUGGGUGUCAUCUUCAUGAAUGGCAACCGUGCCAGCGAGGCUGUCCUCUGGGAGGCACUACGCAAGAUGGGACUGCGUCCUGGGGUGAGACAUCCCCUCCUUGGAGAUCUGAGGAAACUUCUCACUUAUGAAUUUGUAAAGCAGAAAUACCUGGACUACAGACGAGUGCCCAACAGCAACCCUCCUGAGUAUGAGUUCCUCUGGGGCCUCCGUUCCUACCAUGAGACUAGCAAGAUGAAAGUGCUGAGAUUCAUUGCAGAGGUUCAGAAGAGAGACCCUCGUGACUGGACUGCACAGUUCAUGGAGGCUGCAGAUGAGGCCUUGGAUGCUCUGGAUGCUGCUGCAGCCGAGGCUGAGGCCCGGGCUGAAGCGAGAACCCGGAUGGGUAUCGGAGAUGAGGCUGUAUCUGGGCCUUGGAGCUGGGAUGACAUUGAAUUUGAGCUGCUGACCUGGGAUGAGGAAGAUUUUGGAGAUCCCUGGUCCAGAAUUCCAUUUACCUUCUGGGCCAGAUACCACCAGAAUGCCCGCUCCAGAUUUCCUCAAACCUUUGCUGGUCCUAUUAUUGGCCCCGGUGGUACAGCCAGUGCUAACUUUGCUGCCAACUUUGGUGCCAUUGGUUUCUUCUGGGUUGAGUGAGAUGUUGGAUAUUGCUAUCAAUUGCAAUAGUCCUUCCCGAGUGAGGCUGAAGCCUCAGGUUCCUUCUCAAACACAGCUAUCUAGAGAGCCACAUCCUGUUGACUGAAAGUGGCAUGCAAGAUAAAAUUAUUUGCUGUUCCUUGUCUAUUGCUUUUUUUCCCUUGUGUGCUGUCACGUUUUGGUAUCAGAAAUAAACAUUGAAAUUGCAAAGUGAA